AUGCAGGUCAAAAUAACAGAAACCCUAGAAACUAUGAUUAAAAAAAUAAUAAAAGAACUAUUUAAUGAGGUGUUAAGAGACUUUCACCAGCAAAUCGCAGGCCUUCAAGAGCCAAUGACGUGGUUCAAUGAAAAAAUUGAGGAGAUAAAAUUGUCUGUUAACGCUCAUAAUAUAAAAAUUGAAUCACUUCAAACCGACAAUAAUAGUUUGAAGUCAGAGUGUUUGGAACUCAAAAAAGAGUUGUGUUCAUUAAUUAAAGAAAAAGAUAGUAAAGAUCAAUGGGUGCGACGUUCAAAUAUUGAAAUAGUAGGGAUACCCGAAAAAAAGAAUGAAAACCUACUUGACUUAGUGAACAAGUUAGCUAAGUGUUGCGGAUAUAACAUCAACCCGUCAUUGGACCUAGACUUCGUCACCCGUGUAGCUGUUAAAACCACCAACGAACACAAGAAACCUAAACCGAACGUAAUCAAACUUCAAGCUAGAUACAAAAAGGACGAGUUUCUAUACGCUCUAAGAAAGAUUAAGGACUUGACUGCUUCCGAUCUAAGCUUUACAUGUGACAACAAGGUAUAUGCGAACGACCAUCUUACCACCAAAAAUAAAUACCUACUCCGUCGUGCGAAACAACUGGCCAAAGAGAAUAAUUACACUAUGUGCUGGGUACGUAAUUGUACAAUAAUGGUUCGACGAAAGGCUGACUCACCAAUUAUCUACAUAAAUACCGAAGAUGAUUUAAAGAAAAUCAAUUGUUCUGAACCACUGAUAAGCGAGGAUGCACAGCAUCACCCGGCAUAA